AUGUUUAUGCUGCCUCAUGCAUCAAGCUCACUAUGGAUUUCUCACACAAAACAGGGCAAGGUCAAUGAACUCCGCAUCGAGUUGCAUAGCGGCGGAAAGAAGGACAAGAAUCACUCCGCAAAGAAGAUUACGCUGAAGAAGAUUGUGGCGAAUAUGACGAUGAGCAAUAACGAUAUGAUUGCGCUCUUUCCGGAUGUUAUUGAAUGCAUGACUAUAUCGAGUCUAGAAAUCAAGAAAAUGUGCUUUCUAUUCCUUGUUAAUUAUUCAAGAACGAAACCGGAUGUAGCGAUGAAAGCGCUACCGCUUUUAAUAGAUGAUAUGAAUGAUACGAAUCCCCUUAUCCGCGCUCUUGCCUUACGUACCAUCUCCUAUAUACAUGUACGCGAUUUUGUUGAGGCCACUGUUCAACCUUUAAAACGGUUACUCAACGACGGCGACCCUUACGUCCGCAAGACUGCUUGUUUUGCCGUUGCCAAACUCUAUGACCACGAUAAAAAGCUGGUUGAAGCAUCAGAUUUAAUUGAAAAAUUAAAUGCCAUGCUAAAAGAUGAUAAUCCGACGGUUGUAUCCAGUGCGCUGGCCGCAUUAAUGGAUAUCUGGGAAAGAAGCGAGGCUAUCACGCUUACAAUUGACUACACAAGCGCAUCAAAAAUGAUAUCUAUCCUCCCAGAUUGCUCUGAAUGGGGUCAGACAUAUAUCCUCGAGGCAUUGAUGUCAUACGUACCCCGAGAAACAUCGGAAGCCCUGCUUUUGGCCGAAAGAAUUGCACCGCGCCUCUCCCACUCGAAUUCUUCGGUUGUCUUAACCUGUAUUCGUGUGAUACUCUACCUAAUGAACUACAUCGCCGAUCAAAAGCAAAUUACCUCCCUAGCACGUAAACUUUCACCGCCACUAGUUACCCUUCUAUCAAAAGGGCCUGAAGUUCAAUACUUGGCCCUUCGAAACGCAAUUUUAAUCCUACAAAAACAGCCGGAAGUGCUGAGAAAUGAUAUCCGCGUCUUCUUCUGCAAAUACAAUGACCCAAUUUAUGUCAAGGUUACGAAACUUGAGUUGAUUUUCAUGCUAGCGACCAAAGAAAAUAUUUCCAUCGUGUUAACAGAGUUGAGAGAGUAUGCUACAGAAAUCGAUGUCCAUUUUGUGCGGAAGGCAGUACGGGCGAUUGGCAAACUAGCUAUUAAAAUCGAAUCUGCAUCGAGCCAAUGCAUAGAGACAUUGUUGGAUCUUGUCAGUGCCAAAGUCCCCUACAUUGUUCAAGAAGCAACCGUUGUUAUCCGGAACAUAUUCCGGAAGUAUCCAAAUCAGUAUGAGGGUAUAAUAGGUGCUGUGAUGAAACAUAUUGAUGAACUUGAUGAGCCGGAAGCUAAAGCAGCUAUUAUUUGGAUUAUCGGACAAUACGCGGAUCGGAUAGAAAACUCCGAUGUCUUUUUGCAGGACUUUUUAGCUACAUUUCAUGAUGAGCCUGUCGAUGUUCAACUAGCGCUUCUUACAGCAACUGUGAAGCUCUUUAUACAACGACCAACUAAGGGACAGCAGUUAGUCCCCCAAGUGCUAAAAUGGUGCACAGAAGAGACAGAUGAUCCGGAUCUUCGUGAUAGAGGGUUCAUGUACUGGCGUCUCCUUUCCACAGACCCUGCUGCUGCGAAAUCGGUUGUAAUGGGAGAGAAACCGCCUAUUACGGCCGAAAGUGAGCGUUUGGAUCCUCGUACCCUCGAAGAGCUAUGUUUAAACGUGGGUACUCUCGCGACAGUGUACUUGAAACCUGUACAACAAGUGUUCCGAAGCGCGAGGCCAAAGCGUCUGGGUCAGAGUCCGGCGCUACAAAAGUCGACCACGGAUGAAGCUGCCGAUACACCCUUUUCAAUACCGAUAUCCACCCUUCUUGCCACGGGAAACCAGUCAAAUUCUAAUGCUGGUGUUGAAGCUGGAGCAGCAAAGGGUGAUAUGUCUGCAGCUGUGAACACUGCAGAUAUGUAUUUUGCUGGGUUAGGCAGUCAGCAGUUGUCUGCCAUGAGUUUGAAUGGUGGUGGCGCUACACAUGGUGGCCUGAGCGGCCAGCAACCGCAGUAUAUUGUCAAUCAGAGUGGACAACACGCAUAUCAACCGCAGGAAAUAGGAGGUGCUGCAACUGGGGAACUGUUGCUCAUUUAG